AUGAAUCGUUUUACUUUUGUUUAUGUGACUAUUUUGGUAUUUUCCUUGUUGAUUCAAGCUAAUGGACAACAACAAUUUCCUGGCACUUAUAAGCUGAUUAAAACAAGUGACUGUCCCACAAAUUUGGAUAUAUACAAACCAAACCCCAAUGGACAGUGGCCACAGAAUGUUUUUACAUCCAAUUUUGAACCUUCUAUCGGUAAGAAGGUGAGACUUGAUAUCAGGUGGACAGCAGAUAUAACAAAUCUGAAGGGAUUUAAAAUUGUCCUGAAACCGACUGGCAAGCCUGAUAUUUGUCGUAUAUUGGACUACACUGAUGCAAUCACCAAUUCCAGUUCUGGCCUGUAUUCUUUUAGUUUCACAUUCAGGAGCAUUUAUGAAAAUAAAUUAUUUAAGACAGAAUUAUAUUCCUUACCCAGUCGUGAUAAUAGUUCUGCUUCGAAAACAUUUGAUACAAUUGUUUGUAGCCAAUUCUCUCCAAAUUUUACUUACACCUAUGAUGGCCAAAAUAUGAAUGUCAUUCUCACUACCGGACCCGCAAGAUGCAAUUAUAAAGAAUAUUGUAUUACAGUAUAUGCGAACAAAACGGAAGUCAUUAAAGAGGUUAUCAUUCCUACUAAAGAUAAUGCGAAACAACUUGACGCAUUCUUUGAGCUGGAGAUUUGCAAAGGCUUGCACUUUCUUUUGGUCAGUGUUUAUGACCGUUACUAUAAUGAUAAUCAGAAAUGUGCAUGUAAAGACUCUGAAAAUACUUGUCAAAGAUGCCAGAAUAGUAAAUCGGACCCAGUGUACUUGACACCAGUAAAACCUUGUCUUCCAAGAGUCCAGUCUCCUGACAAACAAGAGUCAAAUCAAUUCCUCUUCCCUCUUGGAAUUGUCAUUGGACUAUUACUCCUAAUUGCACUGACUCUUUCCAUUACACAUUGGAAAUUAAGUGUGCAUUUGAUGGUGAAAAAACGAGGUCUUGUCCUGCUUAUCGAUGACCACGAGCAUCACACCAAUGCUGUAAUUAAACUUGUCAACUACCUGAAUGGAUGCCAUCUUAAAAUGGAUCUGGCAUCGACAUUUCUCAAAAACUACGACAUCCCAGAUCAGCUGCUCAUGAUUGGUGAGGCCCUGAAAUCGGAUUUUGUCCUCUUGACUUCCCUCUCAAGACUUCUUGACAAUUUUCUCUCUCUCUCUCUCUCUCUCUCUCUCUCUCUCUCUCUCUCUCUCUCUCUCUGCAUAUGCAUUUAA